AUGGAAGGGAAGACAAAGACGGUACCAUUCUACAAACUGUUUUCCUUCUCAGAUUCUUCCGACGUAAUGUUGAUGAUCGUUGGUUCGAUCGGAGCUAUUGGAAACGGUCUUGGUUUUCCGGUAAUGACAUUAUUGUUUGGUAAUAUCAUUGAUUCGAUGGGGCAAAACCACAACAACAAAGACAUUGUUGAGAUAGUCUCUAAGGAUUGUUUGAAAUUUAUCUACCUUGGACUUGGGACACUAGUAGCAGCUUUUCUUCAGGUGGCUUGUUGGAUGAUUACCGGAGAAAGACAAGCUGCAAGAAUAAGGAGUUUAUAUCUGAAAACAAUUCUAAGACAAGAUAUUGGAUUCUUCGAUAUCGAAACAAACACAGGAGAAGUUAUUGGUCGAAUGUCUGGUGAUACUAUUCUUAUACUAGAUGCUAUGGGUGAGAAGGUUGGGAAGUUUAUACAGUUGAUUGCAACAUUCUUGGGUGGAUAUGUUUUAGCAUUUGUGAAAGGAUGGUUACUUACACUUGUUAUGUUAACAUCAAUUCCUCUUCUAGCUCUAGCUGGUGCAGCUAUGCCGAUUAUAGUUACUAAAGCUGCUUCUCAAGAACAAGCUGCUUAUGCAAAAGCAUCAACUGUUGUUGAACAAACUUUCGGGUCAAUUCGAACCGUUGCUUCUUUCACGGGAGAGAAGCAAGCGUUGAGUAGCUACAGAGAGUUGAUAAAUUCGGCGUAUAAAUCGAGUGUUAUGCAAGGUUUCUCUACGGGUUUAGGUUUUGGAGUAGUGUUGGUGGUGUUCUUUUGCAGCUAUGCUUUGGCUAUAUGGUUUGGUGGAGAAAUGAUACUAAAAAAGGGGUAUACAGGUGGUGCAGUGAUCAAUGUAAUGGUCAUUGUGGUCGCGAGUUCGAUGUCUUUGGGGCAAACAACACCUUGUCUAACUGCAUUUGCAGCUGGUAAAGCUGCAGCUUAUAAGAUGUUUGAAAUGAUCGAAAGAAAGCCCGCGAUCGAUGCUUUAGACCUAAAUGGGAAGGUUUUAGAAGGUAUUCGAGGCGAAAUCGAGCUGAGAGAUGUGUGUUUUAGUUACCCUGCAAGGCCUAAAGAAGAGGUUUUUGGCGGAUUCUCUCUUUUGAUUCCGAGUGGCGCAACCGUUGCUUUGGUAGGAGAAAGUGGAAGCGGAAAAUCUACGGUGAUCAGUUUGAUUGAAAGGUUUUAUGAUCCGAGUUCCGGACAAGUACUUAUUGAUGGUGUUAACUUGAAGGAGUUUCAAUUGAAAUGGAUUAGAGGAAAGAUUGGAUUGGUUAGCCAAGAACCGGUUCUGUUUUCUUCGAGUAUAAUGGAGAAUAUAGGGUAUGGGAACGAAAGCGCAACGGAAGAAGAGAUAAAAUCAGCUGCGAAGCUAGCAAAUGCGGCUAAAUUCAUCGAUAAGUUACCUCGAGGUUUAGAGACAAUGGUAGGGGAACAUGGAACUCAGCUUUCAGGAGGACAGAAACAGAGGAUUGCAAUCGCGAGGGCGAUACUUAAAGAUCCUCGUAUCUUGCUGUUAGAUGAAGCAACAAGCGCUCUUGAUGCGAAAUCCGAAAGAACGGUUCAAGAGGCUUUAGACAGGGUAAUGGUUAACCGGACUACUGUGAUUGUCGCGCAUCGGUUAAGCACGGUGAGAAAUGCUGAUAUGAUUGCUGUGAUUCACCGAGGAAAGAUAGUCGAAGAAGGUUCACAUUCGGAGUUACUCAAGGAUCAUGAAGGGGCUUAUUCGCAGCUUAUACGUUUACAAGAGAUAAACAAGGAAUCGAAGCGAACGGAUAGUUCAAAUGGAUUGCGUGAUGGAUCAAUCAGCAGUGGAUCAUCAAGAAGAAGCAUCAUCAGUAGAUUAUCAUUAAGGAGAGUUUAUGAUGAAGACUCUGUUACCGUUCUUGAUUUACUUGCAGGUCAAGAAACUACUGAAAUACCUAAAGAGCAGUCCCAUAAUGUGUCCAUUACUCGAAUCGCUGCUCUAAACAAACCGGAGAUACCAAUUCUUAUACUUGGAACCUUAGUAGGUGCAGUGAACGGCACAAUAUUCCCGAUUUUCGGUGUCCUCUUUGCUAAAUCAAUCGAAGCUUUCUUCAAACCGCCUCAUGAACUAAAGAGAGAUUCAAGAUUCUGGUCGAUCAUAUACGUGCUUCUUGGUGUAGCUUCUUUGAUAGUGAAUCCAACGCAUACCUACUUGUUUGCUAUAGCUGGAGGGAGACUAAUUGGGAGAAUAAGAGUAAUGUGCUUUGAGAAAGUUGUUCACAUGGAGGUUGGGUGGUUCGAUGAGCCAGAGAACUCAAGUGGUGCGAUGGGAGCGAGGCUCUCAGCUGAUGCAGCUUUGAUUAGGACUAUUGUAGGCGACUCGUUGUCUCUGUCGGUUAAGAACGCUGCGUCCGCGGUCUCGGGACUAAUCAUAGCUUUCGCAGCGAGCUGGAAAUUGGCACUUAUUAUCUUAGUAAUGAUUCCUUUAAUUGGAAUCAAUGGUUAUCUUCAAAUUAAGUUCAUUAAAGGCUUCAGUGCAGACGCAAAGGCAAAGUACGAGGAGGCGAGUCAGGUGGCGAGCGAUGCGGUUGGGAGUAUAAGAACGGUUGCGUCUUUCUGCGCGGAGGAGAAAGUGAUUGAAAUGUAUAAAAAGCGAUGCGAAGAUACGAUUAAAUCCGGGAUUAAGCAAGGAUUAAUCAGCGGAUUAGGGUUUGGUCUCUCCUUUUUCAUUCUUUACUUUGUCUAUGCUACUUGUUUCUACGCGGGUGCUCGAUUGGUUAAAGACGGAAAGACAAACUUCAAUGAUGUUUUUCAGGUUUUCUUAGCGUUAACUAUGACAACAAUUGGGAUAUCUCAAGCAAGCUCUUUCGCUCCUGAUUCGAGUAAAGCUAAAGGUGCUGCUGCUUCGAUCUUCGGGAUUAUAGAUCGGAAAUCGAAGAUAGACUCGAGAGAUGAAUCGGGUAUGGUGUUGGAUAAUGUAAAAGGAGAUAUCGAACUUUGUCACGUAAGCUUCACUUACCAAAGUAGACCUGACAUUCACAUCUUUCGUGACCUUUGUUUCACCAUUCGCGCCGGAAAGACGGUUGCUUUGGUCGGAGAAAGUGGAUCAGGUAAAUCUACGGUGAUCUCACUGUUACAGAGGUUUUACGAUCCGGAUUCUGGUCAUAUAACUCUAGAUGGAGUAGAGCUCAAGAAGCUACAACUAAAAUGGUUGAGACAACAAAUGGGGCUUGUAGGGCAAGAGCCUGUGCUGUUUAAUGACACGAUACGAGCUAACAUUGCUUACGGAAAAGGCGGAAACGAAGCGACAGAGGCAGAUAUUGUAGCUGCCUCUGAGCUCGCCAAUGCCCAUAUGUUCAUCUCUAGCAUACAACAGGGUUACGAUACGGUGGUGGGAGAGAGAGGGAUACAGUUGUCGGGGGGACAAAAGCAGCGCGUGGCGAUCGCACGUGCCAUCGUGAAAGAACCAAAAAUUUUGUUGCUCGACGAAGCGACUAGCGCGUUGGAUGCAGAGGCGGAAAGGGUGGUUCAAGAGGCGCUUGAUCGAGUGAUGGUGAACCGGACCACCGUCGUGGUGGCUCAUAGGCUUUCGACGAUCAAGAACGCUGACGUCAUCGCCGUCGUCAAAAACGGUGUGAUCGCUGAGAAAGGAACGCACGAGACGUUGAUCAAUAUCGAAGGUGGAGUUUAUGCUUCUCUUGUUCAGCUUCACAUGAGUGUUUCUAAUUGA